UUGAGCCCAAUUAAGCAUUGCUAUACUGAUAACUAAACCAAAAUGAGUUUCGGGUGUGAAUUUUGUAGAUGGCAAUGACAGAUCAGAGCCUUGAAUUGCAGGAGUCCGGUUGGGAGGAGCUGAGGCGUGAGGCUCGAAAGAUCGAGGGCGAUCUCGAUGUCAAGCUCUCCUCCUAUGCGAAGCUCGGUACCAGGUUCACUCAAGGAGGUUAUGUGGAUUCUAGUUCACCGUCUGUUGGUCCCAACAGAUCAUGGAAGUCUAUGGAAAUGGAAAUCCAAUCUUUACUUGAGAAAUUGUUGGACGUUAAUGAUUCAAUGAGUCGAUGUGCUGCAUUUGCAGCACCAGCUACCUCUAUAAAUCAAAAACUAGCAAGACACAGGGAUAUUCUCCAUGAAUUUACGCAGGAAUUCAAACGAAUAAAAGGAAACAUUAACUCAAUGAGGGAACAUGCAGAACUUUUGAGUUCUGUUAGGGAUGACAUCAAUGAGUAUAAGUCACCUGGAACCAUGUCACCGAGGAUGCAGUUACUGCGGGAAAGAGCUGCUAUUCAUGGAAGUAUAGCUCAUAUGGAUGAAGUAAUAAGUCAAGCUCAAACUACAAGGGCAGUCUUGGGCAAUCAAAGGGCUUUGUUUGGAGAUGUUCAAGGAAAAGUGAAGCUUCUAAGUGACAAAUUCCCAGUUAUACGCGGCCUCCUUGGUUCAAUUAGAAGAAGGCGGUCAAGGGACACUCUUAUUCUGUCUGGAGUCAUUGCAGCAUGUACCUUGUUUCUCAUUAUCUAUUGGCUUUCAAAAUGAUUAGAGAAGAUGCAAAAUUAUGGAGUUUUGGUUUUGUAACUUUUUCUAAGCAACAUGGUGUUUGAAGAUUUCGUAAGUGUUUCUUGUCCCAUUAAAUUUGGAUGUCUUUUUUCUUUACCUUCAAUAAUGCCACCCAUUUUGCUGAGUUUGAUUGGAGGUGACACUUUGAAGCCUACAUGCUAGCAUCCUAUCCUCGAGAAUCCUCUUAGAAUUUGUUCUUGUACAUGCUAUGAUAAAUUAGUAUAGUAAUGAAUAUCCUUUUUAGUAGU